GAGGUGAUAUAAUAAUUAAUGUCUGAAGAGAAACAAAUUUGAUUUGAUGUAGUGGAGAGAGAGAGAGCAACCCAAAAACAUGUCAAAGAUAAAAUUCGGUGUUUUUCCCGCAGAGCAGCAGAGAGCAAACAGGAAAGAUAUGGUUUUCGCCCCCAACCCCCUCUCUCUAAGCGUACCCGAACCCGCAUUCGAGUCCUGGCUCCGCGACUCCGGCUACCUCGAAAUCCUUGACCAGCGCACUACCGACCUCCACCGCAUCUCCACCACCGCUAAACCCUCUAAUUCCGCGGCCCACUCCACCACCACCCCCACCCCCACUUCGAUACCUCCUAAGAGAGUGUUUUUUGUCUCACGACUCUUUUCCCCCAUCUGGACUCUUUUAUCGCUCCUCACCUUCAACCCCUUUUCGAAGCUUGCCACCGAUGACUUUGCCGCCAAUACACCGCCUUGGACUCUGGCCUUCUUUGGCUCCUCUGAAUCGUACUCGUUCCCGUCUUCUCCUUCCCAGGCUCGUCUCCGUGUCCAUGAGAACGUCAAGCGCUUUGCUCGCAAUUAUGCCUCCCUCUUCGUCCUCUUCUUUGCUUGUUCUCUGUAUCAGUUGCCAAUAGCCCUUUCCGGUCUUAUUUCUUGCUUGGCUCUUUGGGAUGUAUUUAAGUUCAGCAGUGACCGGUGGGGCUUGGACAGAUAUCCUAUAAUAAGACAAACUUUGAUUCGUAUUGCUCAAUGUGUGACUGCAGUAAUUCUGCUUAUUUCCAACGUCCAGUUGGCUGUGUUCUGGGCUCUUGGUGUCAGUUAUGCAGUCAUGAUUCUACAUGCCUCGUUUAGGAAGUUGACUCCCGCAAAGCAACCUGCUGUAAGAGGUGGAUAUAGGAGAACUGCUAGAAGAUAGGACUAAGCCAAAUUUUGUUGAGUAAAAGUCUUCUUUCCGUCUUUAUGCUGAGUAAAGUUUUUCUUAUAUCAAAUUGAGUGGUGGAUAACAUAAUUAUGAGUUGUGUCUCAGAAAGCCCUCAGUUUGAUCUAGAGUUGGUUCGUCUUUAUCUUUUUCCAUAAUUCAAUUGUUAAAGUGGUUAGUCGUACGUUAACUUUUCAGUUUUUCCUGAAAAUGUUGGUCAAUUUUUGUAGCUGUAUUAUAUAUACAUCAUGUUCCAUUGUAAAUUUGGUAUAUUUCCUGCGAAUGGAAGCUUACAGGAAAGUUUUGUGAAAAAA